GCUGCUCACAGUUGAUUGGAGGUUCUUUUCAUGGGAGGAAAGUGGACGCAAGCUCUCAUACUGCUCACAGAAAGCUCAGGGACUCUCUAAAUACCAACAGCAUGAACACUCUAAUGCUCUGUGUGUUUUAUGUCAUAUUCUCCAGAGUUUAUGAAAUCCAGUGUAAAUCUCACCCAAAGCCUUCAUGUGGAUACCCUCCAUCCCAAUGGUGCAGGUCUCUGGAAAUUGCCAUAGAAUGUGGGGUGUGGAAACAAUGUAUGGAACUGAACGCAACCCGGCCAGACCCAGUGGUUCCUCCCGUAGAGAUCACUCUCUAUUACGAGAGCCUUUGUCCAGGCUGCAGAGCGUUCCUAACAGAGCAACUCUUCCCAACAUGGACUUUACUAAAAGAUAUAAUGGAAGUCAACCUGGUGCCCUUCGGCAAUGCUAAGGAACUUCCUGAAGAGAAUUCAUUCUCAUGUCAACAUGGAGAACCAGAGUGCUAUGCUAACAUGGUUGAGGCAUGUGUUUUAUAUGCAGCCAAUCAUUCAGCAUUUCCUGUCAUUUACUGCAUGGAGUCAUCUGCAGAUGUACUAAAAUCUGCUAAGCCUUGUUUGCAGCUCUAUGCACCGUUUGUUAAAUGGCAGACCAUAGAGUCUUGUACCAGAGGAGAGCUUGGCCACAGUUUGAUGCAUCAGAAUGCAGUGAAGACGCAGGCGCUCAAACCAGCACACAUUCAUGUUCCCUGGAUCACCUUCAAUGGGGAAUACACUAGUGAAUGGGAAGAUAAGGCUAUGUCCACUCUCUUCACCCUUGUGUGCAGUUUGCACAAAGUACAGUAUGCUCAUGUGUUUUUUCACAUGUACCAUUUGUGA